AUGUGGACAUCAGAACCAUGUGGACAUCAGAACCAUGUGGACAUCAGAACCAUGUGGACAUCAGAACCAUCCUGUGGACAUCAGAACCAUGUGGACAUCAGAACCAUCCUGUGGACAUCAGAACCAUGUGGACAUCAGAACAUCAGAACCAUCAUGUGGACAUCAGAACCAUCAUGUGGACAUCAGAACCAUCAUGUGGACAUCAGAACCAUGUGGACAUCAGAACCAUGUGGACAUCAGAACCAUGUGGACAUCAGAACCAUCAUGUGGACAUCAGAACCAUCAUGUGGACAUCAGAACCAUGUGGACAUCAGAACCAUGUGGACAUCAGAACCAUGUGGACAUCAGAACCAUCCUGUGGACAUCAGAACCAUCAUGUGGACAUCAGAACCAUGUGGACAUCAGAACCAUGUGGACAUCAGAACCAUGUGGACAUCAGAACCAUCCUGUGGACAUCAGAACCAUCCUGUGGACAUCAGAACCAUGUGGACAUCAGAACCAUGUGGACAUCAGAACCAUCAUGUGGACAUCAGAACCAUCAUGUGGACAUCAGAACCAUGUGGACAUCAGAACCAUGUGGACAUCAGAACCAUGUGGACAUCAGAACCAUCCUGUGGACAUCAGAACCAUGUGGACAUCAGAACCAUCCUGUGGACAUCAGAACCAUCCUGUGGACAUCAGAACCAUGUGGACAUCAGAACCAUGUGGACAUCAGAACCAUGUGGACAUCAGAACCAUCAUGUGGACAUCAGAACCAUCAUGUGGACAUCAGAACCAUGUGGACAUCAGAACCAUGUGGACAUCAGAACCAUGUGGACAUCAGAACCAUCCUGUGGACAUCAGAACCAUCAUGUGGACAUCAGAACCAUGUGGACAUCAGAACCAUGUGGACAGCAGAACCAUGUGGACAUCAGAACCAUCCUGUGGACAUCAGAACCAUCAUGUGGACAUCAGAACCAUGUGGACAUCAGAACCAUGUGGACAGCAGAACCAUGUGGACAUCAGAACCAUCCUGUGGACAUCAGAACCAUCAUGUGGACAUCAGAACCAUCCUGUGGACAUCAGAACCAUGUGGACAUCAGAACCAUGUGGACAUCAGAACCAUCAUGUGGACAUCAGAACCAUCAUGUGGACAUCAGAACCAUGUGGACAUCAGAACCAUGUGGACAGCAGAACCAUACUGUGGACAUCAGAACCAUGUGGACAUCAGAACCAUGUGGACAUCAGAACCAUCAUGUGGACAUCAGAACCAUCAUGUGGACAUCAGAACCAUGUGGACAUCAGAACCAUGUGGACAGCAGAACCAUACUGUGGACAUCAGAACCAUGUGGACAUCAGAACCAUGUGGACAUCAGAACCAUGUGGACAUCAUAA